AUGAAUGAAUUGAGCAAGGAUACUAUUUUAUUAAAAACCAAAAAGUUAAAAAAUUUGUGCCAGUAUGAGGAAAACAUCAACAGUCAACAUUUAAAGACACUAAUAGAAAUAUUAGACUACUUUUUCGAAAGAUAUAACGAUUACUUUUUAUCAUCCGUCGUGUGGGAAGUGAUUGAUAAAAUUAUUAUACUAGAAAACACCAUUGAAGAAAAGAAAAGCAUUGAUGUAGACCUAAGAACCUCCAUAAAAUUUUGCGAAUUCAUUUUCAAUAAAUUAAUAUCAUACACGAAUUAUGAUAAUGAUAACUGGAUGUACUUUUUUAGCUUUAGUUUUUUAAGGCGUCACCUCUGCUCAGUGAUAAGUUCCUUUUUAAAUUGUAGCAAUUCUUCCUUCAGACGGAAAGUAGAAUCAUCCUUUACAACCGAGCUAUUAUCCUUAACAAAGCAAAUUUUUGAAAAGAUAAAAGUUGAAAAUGAUUUAGAAUUGAAGGUCUCCUACACAGAAAUUUUAUGGAGAUCGUUUAGAAGAAUAGAUUUUGCGACAUUCAACAUAAAAAGCUUUCAUACAGAUAUAAAAGUGUUAGAAAAGUUGAAAAAUUUAAAAAUUUUUAAGUUCGAUGAGGAGUGUAUAAAUUGGCUGAAGGAGGAGAAUUACAUAAACAGGAAGUGCGUCAUUGAAAAUGGGUCAUUCAUAAUCAGAGGAAAUAAAAAACACCUGAACAAGGAUUUCAUACUAUGCUAUUUGGGGAAAUGUUCCCUCUUUCUCUACUAUGAUAAUGUAGAAGAAGACGAAAAAUGCAAAAUCGAGAUCCCAUACUAUCAUAUCUCCUCAGUAUAUUUUGAGAACAAAAAUUUAUUCACCUUGAACUGCAAAUCGAUAAUAGACCAGACGAACAUAUUUAACCUGUGGGGGCAAGACAUAAAAGAUGCCAUAUAUCACGAAACCAUUAGUAAGUUUAGUCUGUCAUUGAAUGUCAAAAAAUGUUCGAAGGAAAUCAAGAAAGAGUUGAGGAAACUUUUAGACAAAAUAUCUUUAAAGUUAAAAAAAGAAGAAAAAAAAAACAAUAGGCAAAGUCAUCAGAAGGAUGAUCAUAGUAAUAAAGACAAAAAGGACCAUAAAAAUGGAGUAUCUGGAACUACAGUAAAGAACACAAGGGAGAAGCUAGAUCCUUCUCUAUUCUUUUCCACUAUGUCUAUCAAGGACCAGGGCAUGAACGAUAAAAAUAUUGAGAGUAGCACAAGGAAAGCACUAGAAACACUGAAACGGGAAGUUGAGAAAAAGAAAAAAGAAAAAAGUGUAAAAGAGGAUAAAUUAAAAUAUGAAGUAUCAUCAGACGAGAAAAAUUAUACUAAAGGAUGCAAAAGUGAAAGGGAUUUUAAACAAAAAAGAGUGAAUAGAAGUUUCCUCUUGGAUUACAAUUUAGACACAGUCACCCCACAGAAUCAAAUGAAAAGCAAGAAUACUCCAGAAAGAGAUAGCGACACCGAGGUCAUAAUACGAAAAAUUAUUUCCCGACAUAAUGAAAAAAAGGAAAUUUUUAAAAAGACUUUGAAAAAAAACUUUUCUAAUACCCUUAACGAAAUAGACAACAAUAUAAAAGAACUGGUUGAGAAACAAAAAAACAGACGAAAUGAAUUUCAUGAAAAAUAUGAAAAGAAACAGAAAAGUAUGAUGUUCAUUAUGGAAAAAGAAAUAAACCUGCUAACAAAGGAAAUUAACGUUUUAAUUGAAUCCCUUAAAAAAAUUAACAUGAACAAGAAUGAAGUAAUAACACUAUAUGAAGAAGGGACUUCCAUUUUGUCUUCUAGUGAAAUGUUACAAAAAAGUCAAGUAGUUGUCAAGAAGAUAAAAGAAAAUUUGCAAAAGAUGAAUACUGAUAUAAUUGGAAAGGAAAAGGAAUACAGCAAGAGAAAGAAAUUAUGCUUUAAGGCCUUGGUCACGGCAUAUGAAUAG